AGUCUGUCAACCAGUCAGCUUUGUCAGGCUACCAACUUGUCGGUCUGUCAGCUCCUCAAUCUGUUAAAGAGCCAGCGUUUGAAACGUUAGUUGUUCCAGCUUUAUCAACUCAGUUGAUAUAAUAAAUUUUUACGUCAGCUUGUGAGCCUGUCAACCUGUCACCUUGACAGCUUGUCAGUCUCUUGGCUUCUCAGAAAGCAAAACAGUAGGCCAAUCAGCCUAUCAGCUUGUCGACUUAUGGUAGUCUGUGGAUAGCCUGUCAGUCUCUCAGUCAGUGGGCCAGAUUGUCAGUUUAUCAAACUGUUAGACAAAAGAGAUUUCCACUAUUAAUCAGUACUAUUCAGCCAUAUCAGCUUAUUACAACGUGGUAUGCACGGAAAUGAUUGGUGGCUCGGCCAGUUCUGAAUUUUCAGAUCCACACAUCGAUGCACACGUUAAGCACGCAAUUCUUUCCAACGUGAAGCAGUUUGGAAAUAACAAAUAAUUGUGUGUAUUAUAUAAAGUACCUAAGGUCCAACAAAUUAUGUGCAAUUUGGGAGAUAAGUUCUAACGGCCAUCUGGAAUAUACGGUUUACCGAAGACUUUUAAGAUCUCUAAUGUCAUUCGUUAACACCUUUAAACAUGAUGUAUUUGCUUACUAAACUGAAAUUAUGCCUCCUUUAAUUUCAACAGGUUAAUUGGACUUUGCGGUGACUAACGUAAUUCAGCCAACUUCUUAUCCACCUUUAAGGUGGAAUGAUCCUAGACAAAAGGAGAAACGGUGUAUGUCUUCCGACGCAAAGUCACUGCUCACCAAAUAUUCCUAUCGGGGCCGCUGUACAAACUACGCUGCAGCCAAAUCUAGAGAAAGACUUUAGCCUUUCACACUCACACAGUACGACUUCAGAUCACUUUCGUCGUACGUUUCGAGCUAAGAUCGACAUACUUACGAUGUAAUGCAUCAGGUCAUUUAACCAACAGAGGGCGCAGACAUGGGAAGUAAAAAUCAAGUGAUUUCCCAGGCGAUAAAUAAUGACCGGUCCUUAAGGCCUUUGCUGAAAUUGCUAACCUGUACAUUCAUGGAGAGUUUCGAAGAACAGGCAAAAAGUGCAUCAUACUACAAGCCAUGAUUCUGGAUCCCAUUAGCGUCCAUAUAUAGCGUCUUACAGCAUCUGACAACCAUCAACCUUGAAUCCCCCUCACCAUGGAGACGAAGAAUAACAACAAACUCACUUUCCUUCUGGACACACAGUUUUUAAGGCAACAGGACGAACACCUCUUUACCAGCUUAUAAAGGCAGCUAACGUAAUGCACUGAUGGGUCAUUGGCUUAGCCUGUGUUUUACACAACCAACUAUCAAUAACACGUAUUAUUGUUAAGUAUAUUUACCAGCCCCACCGACAUCUUGUAGCAGACGAUCUGUUAUCUCCAGGGAGAAAACAAAUAUCUUCCAAUCUGUCCUUGUUUCUAAUGCUACUCCUCUUUCUUUUUUUUUUUUGCAGAAAAUUUUAUUGCCGAAAUUAUGAAGCCAAGCAACAGUGCUUAACCUUCGACUGAGUUCAGAACCACUGCGGGUUUUACCGAAUGCCAGAGGUCUGCCAAGCAACUUCACCACUACCUACAACAGCAAGGCGUACGCAUUGCCUUCAAGUCGAAGACAACACUCAGCAAGACGUUUACCUAUUAAGCAAGACGGCUUAGUUUACAGGUUUCCCUUCGAUUUGGUGAAGUUUACAUUUGGGUGAGACUGGAAGCCUUGGCAAGGUAGAGUCAUUAUGAUUAUGAGUUAGCAGAGCCUGGUUCCAGACUAAAUAUGACUGACACUCGACACUUAGUUUGUCCUAAAACUGUACGAUCUUCACCUUUCAUGAGACCUUUCUGAUCUUUUCUGGAGCAAUAAAGUCAAGCGCGAAAUUUCUCAAGGUCCAAAGUACACUUCCCAGAUCUGGAAGUCUGCUGUGAUUGGUCUAUGUUUUUUUCCGCUCAAGUCAGAAGACGUUCGUGGGGCAGGAACGCGUGACGAACCCCGAAGAACGUCUGCGUGGGAGACUACCUUGAGAUUAGGAUUGCGGAAAAAAAAAAGUGAAACUGAAUAAAUAAUAUUUGAGUAAGAGAUUAACGCUUUUUUAAUUUUAUCACGCUCGCCUCAUUCUUGGAGAGAGAGGUGAUGUGUGAAGGUCAUUAGCAAAAGAUCCACUUGACACACUAUGGAACUCAGUAAUGGACAAACUUGUCUGAAAAUAGAGGGUCUGAUUUUUGAUCUCUGUCGAUUCCUUAAAAAUAUAAUAACUUUUUUUGAAAUAAAUGUGUAGAAAUGUAUGUGUUUCGUUUAAUACUUAAAAGUGAUGGUAAAUCAUGGGCCGCUUACAAAGUCUUUAAAUAUAAUUUUUACAUUGGUUCUGCGAAAAAAAAAAUCAUUGUUUUUAAAGAAAAAAAGAAAAGGGACAUCUUAUCCACCAAUAUGGCCUCGUUAUUUUGUCACCUGUUUGCAAACCAGAAAUCCAAUCUUUUUAUUGUGUGGAUAUUGCAACUUUACCACCUCCAACUUUGGAAAUAACCAGCACCACAGGAUUCCCACCUCGCCCAACCACUCUGGCAGAAAAGGUAACAACAUGCACACAAGCCGUAGUAACAACUGAGGUUUGGAAAGAAUAGUAGUUUCAUUCUCCUCGUGUAAGCUAUUCCGAAUUCCGAUAUAAUAUUGGAAGUUUUUGCUAAUAAAAUUCAGAAUCCUGGGCUUUAGAAUCGGCAACUCAGCUCACGGAAUCCGGAAUCCCGCUAAGCACAGAAAUCCAGAAUCCCAGUUUCAGUGACAAAGAAUCCGGAAUCCUGUACCUGGAAUCCAAUCCAAGACUAUCUUCGAAAAUCUUAUAUGAGGCAAUAAGCCAUUUCCGAGUUCACCCGGGCCUCUGUUUCAAAACGAGGGUAGCUGCUCAGCGUUUUAUAUGGAAAUCAUUUUUCAUUCUCAUGCAAAUAAAACUCUUUUUCACAAGAAAAGGUUGUGCAACUAGCCUCAUUUUGAAAGUCAGGGUUUUUGGAACUCGGAAGUGGCCUAUUCGAUACUCCCUCAAAUAUCUUACAAGCUAAGGUUCGGAAAUGUUUUCCAAAAGUUCGCGCGUGAUAAAUUUCCUGUUCCUUUUUGCGGGGAAGUAAGAAUUGUUUCCAACUGUCUUUUUGAGAGUUAUCACAUCUCUAAGAGAAGACGAGAGUGCACUGCAUGGUAGGGUAAUAAACAAUAGCCCCACCUUAUAUACUACCAAUUCGUUAAUGCUAAUUCUAAGGAAUUAAUAUACAAACGUAAUCGACUGGUUAAUUGAGUGAUUAAGUUAUAAGUGAAUAAUUAAUUUAUUUGGACUUUUUCCUCUACAACUUGUUUAAUUAUUUUUUGUCUCUUAUCAGGAAACCACAUCUGGGAUAAAAGGUAGUACACAGCAAGAUCAGCUGGUCAUCUUUUCAUCUUAUCGGCUUUCAGUCUUUUAGCUUUUUAUGUUAGCCUUUCAAAACGUUAGCUUGUUAGUCACUCAGUCUGUCAGCCUGUCGGACGAUUAACCUGCAGCCUGUCAGAUUGUCUCUCUGUCUGCCUCUUAGUCUGUCAACCUGUAAUAGUUUGUCAGUUUAUCAGACUGUCAGGCAGUCAGCCUCCGUUUUAUCCUGACAAUCUGACAGCUUUUCAGCCUGUCAGUUUGUUAACCAAUCAGCUUUGUUAGUCUGUCAGCCUGUCGGCCUUCAAGCCUGUCAGCCUGCUAGAUUGUUCGCAAGUCAGCCUGUCUUCCUGUCAACCUGUAAUAACUUGUCAGACUGUCAGGCAGUCAGCCUCCUUUUUAUUCUGACAGUCUGUUACCUUGUUAGCCCGUCACAGUCUGUCAACCAGUCAGCUUUGUCAGGCUACCAACUUGUCGGUCUGUCAGCUCCUCAAUCUGUUAAAGAGCCAGCGUUUGAAACGUUAG